AUGUAUCAGCCCGUACUCUCGCAGGAGGAUCAUCAGGCGUUGAAACUCAACCCGACCAACAAGCAGAGGGAGCUUCGGGCCUUGAAAGAACCACCUUUGCGGGCUUCCGACCCUCUACCGUUCCGUUGCGCCACUGGUGGUGCAAUUAUCAGAAUCGAUGAUCCCCACUACCAAAUCACCGUUAGUCACAUUCAAGAAACUCAACAGGAUAACCUCCACAUUACAUCUGCUCAGGAGCCUCUCCCUCCAGGUCUCGAGGAUUGUAGUUUCGACGGCAUGAGCGACAGUGACGACAAUGACGAAGAUCCUAUGGAAUCAGAAACAGAAUUGGAUCCAGCUCUUACCCGCGCAAGCGUUACACCUGGGGUCGAGUCACAGCCCUGGGCGGAAUCCCCGAGUAUCAAUAGCGUCGGUUCCACAGUGGGAACUCCCACGGGGAGGCAGGCCCGAAACCGGCGUCUCGAUUGUGCGUUGAUUGCCCUCGACAACAACGAGAUCAUGCACUCUUUGGCAAACACCAUAUCAUACCCCCAACAUACCGGGAUACGCAAAGUCAUGGUCCACAAUGUGGCUGAAGUGGGAAAGCGCAUGAAUAAAGUCAUGGCCAUCACAGCUCGAGAUGGAAUUGGCAGUACGUUGGCGACAGGAGCGCUGUAUCAAUGGGACUGUGCAAUCAAGAAGGCGCAAAAGCUCUACCCGAUCAAUCUCGACACUCCAGUCGAAGGUGGCAAUAGCGGCUCGGCUGUGAUUGACACAGUAUCAGGCAGCUUGUAUGGCCACAUCGUCAGAGGUUGCCCGGGAUCUAGAGUCGCCUACAUCAUUGCGGCAACAGAGGUUUUCGACCAUCUUCGCCAGGAGCACGGUGCUGACAUACAUCUUUGUGGCUCCCCCUCGACCAAGUUAUCGGCCGAUCUAACCCAGUUAGCCGUGGAGAGCCGGCGACUCGAACUGGAAAGAUGGCAGCACUACGCAAAAUUAGCCCAGACCAUUGAUGUCAAACCCAGCUCUUCCAGCACGGCCUCUGAUGAUCUGUGGAGUCCACAAUUUAUGGCGGAGAACGCAGAAGAUGAAAAUUCAUUGAAGAAAUGGCCCGAAACCUCCUCAACCACCAUGUCUGGCUAUAUAAAAGGUCGCUUGAGCCCAUUGCUAGAAAGUAACGAUGGUGAUUCUCUUCACGCUUGGUCGGCGGAUAGAGCAACAACGUUAUCCUCGGCCGUAUCUCGCUCUACAGCAACCACAUGGUAUGCAGCGUUGAGCAGUACGAGAGUUACGGCUGUACAAAUGGAGCUCAUCGCUGAAGAUCGCGACAUUGAGAUGUCAGGACUCUUUCUUGAUAAUCCCAACGAGGGCAACAAAAAGACGCCACUAGUCCUCCCCAAAACUUCGACAACGAAGGGAGACGAAAGCGAUGAAAGCAAAGGUCCUCUGGAGGUCAUGCGCAAUGAAGCAACGCAAAAUCUGGCUGGCAAAAAGCGGCCAGUGAUGACCAGGGUGGGUCGUAACAUGAGCUCCUGUUUCAAAACAAGCUCUGCCCAGGUCUGGACCAAAACGCAUCUCGGGAGGAUCUGGAAAGCUGUGGGAUGA